AUGCUCUUCGGGCUCAAUGGGAGCGGCACAAAUACACCCCUGAUGCGCGAGGAGAGCACUGCGACUGUGGCCAUGGAUGAUGAGUUGGAGCAAGCUACACGGUCACUAGUAAGCCUCAAUCUCGACAUCCCUGGUAGUUGGCCCAAGGACAAAAAGGCAAGGGCGGCACGGACCCGUUCAAUCCGUGCCAAAGCCCAACGCCAAAUGAGCUUCAGAAAACAACACUAUAAUCUGCGCUCAGCGACUGGCAAACGCAACCAGCCCCCACUUCGACGUAAUUCCUCACGCCGAGACAAAGGAGCUCCUCUUUCAUCCCCACCCUCAAAUACUCCACCCGGACCCGCCAACGCGUCUUUCCGAUCACCACAUCACUGCCCCUUGAAUCCUCGUCCUUCAGCGCCACAAAACCUUCCAUCCCCUGACGUACCCCCGACGCCUCCCGCUACAGGGCCCAACUCCUCCUUAGAGGAGUUGUGGACCUGGAAGGAGCACCUUCGCGCCGAGGAAAGAGAUCGCCGCCGAAAAGAACGCCAGGAAGCUGCCCGUGUUGCGGACCUCGACUAUAUUAAGAAAACGCGCAGGGGACUGAAAGAGCAGGAGCGCGACCUCGCAGCGCGCAAGGCUGCGUUUGAAGAGAUGAAGCGAGCAUUCCGUCGCCAAAUGGAUGCAGAGUGGGAAACGCUGCAGCAAGCAAAGCGGGCCCAAGCGGAGGCUGACCAAAAACGGCGUGAAGCCGAAGCCGAGCAGGCAAGACAACGAAGGGAGUGGGAGAAACGCGCCCAAGCCGAAGCCGAGGCCCGCGCAGCUCGGGAGGAAGCUCGCCGGCGUGCAGAGGACCAACGGCGCCAAAACCGUCGACACCAGGAGCAAGCCCAGAACGGUCGGCCAGGAACGAGCCCUCCAAUAGAUCCUCUUCAGUCCCAGUGGGACUGGUAUCAGAGGGUAUGGAAAGCCCUCCUUUCCAGCGAAUCGUAUCCAGAGAUGGGCACACUCACAUAUAUCAACGUGCCCUGGCCGGUUAUGCCUCCGGCCAAUUUCCGGUGCACUUCGCCCGACGACAUUUCCGUGCUGCUGAAUGAGGAGGCCAUCGCGGAAUUCAUCUUCGCUCCCACCAUCCUUGGUGACACUGUCAAGAGGAAGCGGCUUCAAGAAGUUAUGCUUCGCUUCCACCCAGACAAGGUCUCUCGGUGGCAACGAUGGAUUCACCCGACGCAUCUGGAAGCUGUCCACACGCUUUGUACUAUCACCACUAAGUAUCUGAAUAACUUAAAGGACAUGCGAGUUCCCACUGUCAAUCCCACACCUCUCUGUAUCGCGCUCACUGCUGAUGAUCCCCUUCUCGAACUCCGAGCCAUUUCGACCGCCCCCGUGAGCAAACUAAUCCAGUAUAAUCGAGUGGGUAACCAAACAGAGAGCAAGGGGAAAGGCCGUAGUUCGCCAGCGCCAUCAGAACAAGCACGCCGCGAAUGCCUGAGAACUGACAAUAACGCCGGGUCUUCGCCAUCUGAUCCUUAG